UCCGUACUCCGUGCAACCAUUACCUCCCUACUAUCUAUAUUUUGCUUUCGCUAAGCUCCAAGCUUCAGUCAGUCAACAGACUACUUUAUCUUUGUGCUGCCACAUCGCAAGCUAAAAGACGCAGUGUGAAUAUAAAUAGUUACCCCCAUUACCUAUUCCUCGGCUGCAGGAGCGAAUUUGUAUUUACGAUGAGAAAAAUACGUUCCGGAGUGAAAUAGUCCGAGCAACCAUAUUAUCGUCUUUUUUAUCUGACUGGUGAAGGACUGCCUAAAACUGUAUAAUUACUGUGUUAUCUUCCCCGUGCGAUGCUGGGGGAAAGUUUUGUUUAACAAGUUGGAUCUGAUCGUCAACUGGGACUUAUUGCGAAUGUGUAUUGAAACGUUUAUCGCGAUCCACGGGCGCACUGCUAUGCGCCACGAUUUGGUGCACUUCAUAAGGCAUACCUCGUCUGAUCACUUCUGCGAAGGAAGACUUUAGUUAUUAAGGCAGAUCGCUAUUGAUGGCGUUACUGAGCAUCCGUGGUGAUUGGUACUUGUAUAUUUGGCUAAUAUAUUAUCGCAAAAUCUAUUCAGCUGUUAUAUGGUUGCUUGGCAAUCACUGUCGAGGUGAUAAGAGUCGGUCCGUGAUAAGCGCAAGUGCUGGCGGCCAGUCGCUCGCAAGCCUCCACAGAGUGCGCACGCGUCGCAGGAAAGCACAGCAGCUCCGCAACAAGCACGUCGUCGCACUAGUGAGGAGACCUUCGCUGAGGAGAAUAGUGAUGGCACCGGGAGCUAGCACUGCUCAUGCUAUGAUGGAGGACAAGGAGAAAGCCCUCACCAAUGUGUCCAUGCGCAGGCGUCGCAUCAGCCAGUUCGCGCCGCUGUUGAUCGCGCUGGUCGGGCUGCCGGCGCGUGGCAAGAGCCAGCUGGCACACCGCCUGUCUAGACACCUCAACUGGAAUGGGGAGAGCACUAAAGUUUUCGACUGUAGUGAGUACCGACGUCGCCACAUGGCACUGUACGGUAGCCACGACAUCUUCCGCGCAGACAACCUGCAGGGCUCCGCCAUCCGCCGCCAGAGCGCGCGCGAGGCCGUGCAAGACGCCGUGCUGUGGCUGAAGGACGGGAACAGUGUUGCUAUAUUUGAUGGAACAAAUGUGACGAAGGAGCAGCGUCGGGAACUGAAUGAGUGUAUCACCGACAUGGGCUUUAGGAUCCUGUUCAUCGAAUGCGUCUGUGAGGACCAAGAACUACUCGAGAGAAACAUCAUAGAGAUCCUCCACUAUUCCGCAGACUACAAGGAUAUGACUGAGGAGGAAGCAGUGGAUGAUUUGAGGAAGAAGCUUGAGCAUUACAUGCGUCAGUAUGAGCCUAUAGAUGGAAGUUUGGAAGCUCUGAGUUUCGCACGCGUUGAGAACAUGGGCGAUACUGUGACGGCUCACAAAGUAUCAGGUCAAAAGGAGUCAGGCAUCCUCGGGUAUUUGUCUGGCAUGAGGGCUUUACCGCAGACUUUAUAUUUUACACGGCACGGGGAGAGCGAAUACAACGUCCUCGGACGCAUCGGCGGUGACGCAGUGUUGUCUCCAAGGGGCGAACGCUAUGCCCACGGGCUUGCGAAACACUUGAACGAGAUGGCCGCCCACGAAGCCUUCACCGUGUGGACAUCUGAGCUGCGUCGCACCAAGCAAACUGCCUCUGAAAUCAUGGCACCCAAGCGAGCUAUACGUGCCCUCAAUGAGCUUGAUGCCGGUAUUUGCGAGGGUUUGACCUACGAAGAGAUGCAAGAGCGUUUCCCUCAAGAGUUCGCCUGGCGUGAUCAGGACAAGCUGCGUUAUCGGUACCCGUGGGGCGAAUCUUACAUAGACAUCAUGACGAGGCUCCGACCAGUUCUCUCGGCUUUGGAAGAUGAACAUAAUGUCGUCGUUGUGGGCCACCAAGCCGUGCUUCGCUGCAUGCUGGGCUACUUCCUGGAUGCCAAGCUUGAUGAGCUCCCGUACAUGAACGUGCCUCUCCAUACUAUCGUGAAGCUGACUUCUUACGGAUACAAAUACAAGGUGGAAAUGAACAAGCUGCCCAUUGAGUGCGUGGACACCCAUCGUCAACAGCCGAAGAACUGCUCAAUCAACCGUACAACAGACGAUGCGUUGGUAACGGUACCAUCCCACUAUGACACCCUGCCUUCAAACAUGUGGCAAAAUUCGGAAGCACAGCUUUAGACGGCGGGCCUUCGGACCACGGUCCGGCGCAACCAAACCAGCAUUACCACGGGGAACCAUGUGAACCCAGUGUAAAACGCUCAGGCCCAUCGCGGUUGUGAAAAACCACGAAUGGAAGAACAUGUUGUUCAGUAUUUCAGACGCCAUGUUUGAUUCAAUAGCGAUCCGCGAGAACAUUCACUAUCUCGUUCCUCCCCUGUGUGCGAGAAAGUGUUAGAUGUAGACUCUUUGCGUCUCGUGUCUUCAUUGAAUGCGUGAGAGUGACAGGUGCAUUGCGUAUGUUAUUUCAAAACUUUUAAGACUGAAGGAUCAAUCUGGCAUGUCAAAAAAUCUUUAAUACAUUGUGUUCUAUUUUAUCAAAAUAUGUAGGCUUAUCGUUUACUUUAAGUUAAUUUCUUAUGUUAGAUAAAGUAAAAUAAUUUGUAUUUGUAAUGUAAUGAAUAACUAAUGAUUUUUAUCAUUACCUAUUAUAAAUAUUAAUGAUCUAUAGUUAUUUUGAUAUUGGAAUAUAUGUUACGUUCAUAUUACAUGACAUAGAAAAUCUGUUCUCGCUGAUAAGUAAGAAAGAAGAUACAAAACGCGCGAGAGAAGAUGAGAUAGCUUAAGUCUUCAAUUUAGAUAUUCGUAUUGUCUACUUUUUUUUACAUAUUUUAUUCGAUAUAGAUACUUAAAUAUUGGGUGUUUAUGAUCGUUAGUUUUAUAGAAGGCAAUUAGAUACACAUGUAUUAUAAUAAGAUUUAGUUAAGUACAUAUUUUACACAAAAAUUAAACAAUUGUUUAGUUUUGGAUGAUAAAACACGUAUAAAUACUUAUCUUAUUUUACUUUCUUAGCGUUGUUUGUAUCAUGAGAGAUAACUGCCAUUUGUUUAACUUACUUUUAUCUUUUUGUAGUAAUUUACUUACUUGUUUUAUUAAUUAUGAUAGAGAUAUUAUUAUAAUUUACACUAUGAUU